AAUUUUUGACCCUGCAACUACACCAUGGAAGGAAGUGCCAAUGCAGACUUGCAGUCAGGACCGCCAACUAAGCGGCGUCGAGUAGCUUUGGCGUGCAACUCGUGUCGCGUGCGCAAAACCAGAUGCAACGGCGCGCAACCAAGGUGCUCUUUAUGCUCGAGUCUGGACUUCGAAUGUCAAUACGAAGCUACAGAAUCCGCGACGAAUAUCAUCGUUCGCAAAGAAUAUCUACUCGGCAUAGAACAGAGGCUUCAGGUACUCGAAAGGACGACCAAGAUUCAUAGUGACCAGCUCGCUCUCAGACUCGACGGAUCUAGUGGUGAGGCGGAAUUGCGCCCCGAGGCUCAUCAACCAAGAACUCCAGGCGAUAUUCAUAUUGAUGAGUUUAGACUAGAAGAAUUUCCUUCGGAGGACACCACUACAGAUGGCAUGGCAAUAACCUUCGUCGACGAGCAAGAUUCUGGAUUUUUUGGUCCAUCGUCAAACAUUGCGUUCUUGCGACAAAUCAUCCAAGCUAUGGCCUCAAAAUGGAAUAUCGUCCCCCCAACCACUCCUUCAAUACGUCAAGAAGAGUUGGAUCUGAAGACUGGUUUUGUAAGGGCAUCCAGAGCUGCUCGUUCGGCAAUCACCAUUGAUCCUUCUGGUGGAACGACGUCAGCCCUUCUACUGCCACCUCAUGCUGAGAUAGAGAGGCUUCUUCUUGCUUACUUCGCUAACACUGGUCUCAUAUUUCCGUAUGUACAUGAGAGGUCUUUCAUGGAAUCAUAUCAACAAUGUCGCCAAUCAAAGUUCAAGCACGUCCGUCGAACGUGGCUUGGGUUGUUGAAUAUCAUCCUAGCAAUGGCAGUCAGUACGCAGCACGAACAUGGAAUAUCGGCGGCAAAACGUAUUGCAGAGUCUGAGCUUUACUACGAGAGGGCCAAAUCGCUUUGCGGAGACCAGAUGCUAAGGGGCUCAAGUCUUGAGAUGGUACAAUACCUUUUGCUUACGAGUCAGUAUCUUCAAGGUGCGCAAAGGCCUGUUCAAACAUGGAUGAUUCACGGGCUCGCUGUCAAAGCUGGCCUGUCGAUUGGACUGCACUCAAACUAUGCUGCCAAUCGCUUUUCUCCAGAGGAAAACGAGACCAGAAAAAGAGUAUGGUAUGGAUGCGUUCUGCUCGAUCGAAGUUUGUGUUUGUCAUUUGGACGUCCAUCUGCCAUCUCCGAUGAGCAGAUUCGCCUGCCACUUCCGGUCACUUGGCCGAAGAGCGAUGAGCUGCCUGAGAACGUCAAGGUUUAUGAUUCGAUCAGUACAGCUUUCUAUGUCUCUUCUAUUGGCCUUUAUAAAAUCGUCGACCGGACAAUCAAAAGACUAUAUGGUGCGAACCUUGGCUGCGAUCCUGUUCCGACAGAACCAGAGAUGAUACCCCACAUGUUCUUGCUCGAGCAAGAGAUCAGUCAAUGGGUUGCGGACCUUUCUCCCGAUUUGGGUCUCAUAUACGCGACAGAGGUUGCGUCACUUUCACAUGCAGUGGAUCGAGCGAUUCUUCGCUUUAGAGUGAUAUUGACUUUGAGGUACUCGAACAUUGAACUACUAGUUCACAGACCAUUUCUCAUAAGGGCCCUUGGUUCCUCGGCCCCAGAUCAUAAUGAGAAACAACCAUCCCGGUCUAUGGCUCAAAUCGGCAACUCGGCGAGUCAAGCGUGUAUUAAAGCUGCUCAUGAAACAAUUUCCAUUGUACACACGAUACUUGUCAACGAAUCCUGUGGCAAAGAUCUGCUUGGAGCUUGGUGGUUUACUCUCUUCUAUGUGUUCAAUGCCGCAUUGAUUGUACACAGUAUGGCACUUGUUCAGGAAUCGUCCGAGCGGUCAAGUUUAGGAAUCAGCCUACAAUCACCGCAUGACGCUCAGCAGUAUCUAUCAAAAGCAAUCGAUGCCCUGAGUCUAUUGGACACGGGUAAUGCCAUGGUGUUGGGAUGCAAAGAAUAUUUACAGAACCUUCUGCGCAUACAACAUCUGCGACUUGCCACCGAUGAACCCUUCCUGACCGUGAGAAACGGGAGAUCCGAACACAUGGCUUCUCGAGACGAAUAUUCGUUCCAAGACUUGACAGAUACGACGACGGACGGACUACAGCCAGAUCUCGACGGUCUUGACUUUGCAGACAUAUUGAGUGGAGACCUCGAACUUGGAAGAUUCUUCCUAUCAGAAUAGAAGUCUAUAAAAUCACCUGACCAAGUUCGGCACUUGGCGAGGUACUCAGUCUUCACACAGACCCACACGCAAUGGAAGUGGUAAUAGAACAAUCGGUUGAACGCUCUACAACUCAGUCUUCAGUGAAGUGCGAUUGUUGGCCAAGACCGUCAGCCAACCAUCCCCUUUCUUAGCGAUCAUGGAACCAAGACAAGCUCCUGCAGCAUAUGGGUCUGGCAGGAAAACUAAGUCGUAGUUUCCCUGUAUCAGUGUCUAAAUCGACGAAAGCGUUAUGCAACGGAAUGGCCAAGUUCUAUUACUGAAGUUCACCUCCAGCUCUCACUCAAGCAAGACGCGUUCUGACAUUCAAGACUAUAUACAUGAUGACUACGAUUUCUUGAAUAUCCACGUUAUGUAAUCUGGAAUUGCAAGACCCCGC